CAAUAUGGCCGUUGCCGUGAGCGGAGCAGGCUGCUGCGGGCCGCGUCCGCCGCUCCGCAACGCCGCCAACGCCGCUCUCCCGGUCGCGUAGCUCCGCACAUUAUCUUCUGCUCCGAAACUGAUCGCAGGCCGCAUGCGGUGCAGUCCUGCGCCAGCAACGUCGCCAGUCGUCCUUCGAAUCGCGUCGCGUCGUUGUCGUCGUCUCUUGCCGCUGCUCUUUCGCCGCCGGGAACUGCGCGCUCCUGUCUCCAACUCUGCACGCGCCGUGAGACAGAGACAGAGUGUACCCUCGUCGAUCGCUGUGUUUUUACGUUAUAAGGAUACACACGCGUGUCUUCUCCGUAUACACGCACUCGCAAGCGCCCCCCACGAGUCGCUCUAUAUACCGAUAUCAGUGUGUAUACAUAAAAAUUAUAAUAGCACACACGGCAGAUAAUAAAAGAGUGCGCGUUGUGCUGGGUGUACGCCAGAUGCUACAAGCGGCUCGUACGUGAGAGAGAACGAGAGAGAGGGAGAGAGAGGGAGAGAGAGGGAGAGGUAGAGAGACAGAGGAGCCGACGAGAGCACACGCGGGGAUGGAGAGGAAAGGGUGCGUCGUCGAGCUGCCGCAGCAGCCCAAGCUCCAGCAGCGACGAGCCGCUUCGACCAGUCGAGAGUUUUCCGCCUCCUCCUCCCCCUCCUCCGUGACGACGAGGUACUCAUCAGAUUCAGUACAAGCAAUAGACAGCAAAAUGAGCAAACACGAACAAUUAGGCGCCGGCGAGAGAAAGGCGGCGAACGUUGACAUACAGUUUCCCUGGAUGUCGGAAUUCCGAAGGCUGUGCAGCUCAUCGAUUAUGCCGGGUGAUUCAUCAGCUUUAAUCAAACUCAUAAAAUUUUUCAAAAGGAACGUAAGCUCGAACGUUAACGACUGCUAUAAAAAGUCGUCCCGAGCGGCGAAAUUGAAGGAGCUCAUUAAAGAAGCUUUGCUGUUGUUCGUGUACUUUCAUCGCUUGGAGCAGCCACAGGAUCAAAAUCGCGCAGUCUACCUGGAACACAUGUCGGACUUAUUGGCAAUGUACAUAGAUCUGGAGCUGGUCGCGUCAAAGCGAGAUGCAGAACCGCAGAGCAGCAAAAUUUCGGCGAAGCUCGUUUCCUGCCUCUUCGUGUAUCUCGAAAAAUCAACGGAGCACGUGCUGGAUACACUGAUGAAAGUUCAGCUGAUGAACGAAACGCAUUGCCAGAUACUGGAUGUCGUGAUUUCGAAAAUCUUACGACUGAUCCCGGCUAAUCCCGAGACAGAAGUCAUGUACGUGCGCUAUCUCCUAGUCUACAGGCUUUGGAAGAAAGUCCACAGUAACCUGGCUGUCAGGAGGCAAAUCAACGUGAGCGCGCUUACGUCUCUGGGCGACCGCCCGGACAACUUGCCUGCGACUUUGCUCGCAGAAGUUUUACCGUCUGCUGCAACGUCGGCGGGUCUCCCGGAGGCUCCGACUACCAGGUUUUACCUGUGUCAACAAUUCGACUUGAGGAAGGCCUGCGCCAAGUUUGUACAGAUCUGCAGGCGGUGCAGGAACGCCGAGGAGGUUGACUCGGGCCCCGCUGCUGACGACAUUUCUGAGAGAGAUCAGAGGCUGAAAAGUACCAUUACCUCCGAAACCAAUAAAGUAGAGUCUGUAAAUAAAGAGUUUUCUAAAAGUUCUAGUUCGAUUGAUAAGUCUAGUUCUUUGAAAAAUGUAAUGAACAUUCCUUUCGCGAAAUUGAAUAUUAACGAUGGCAAAACGCCGUGUUCUACCGGUCGUAGUAAUCUUGUAAAAAAUAACAAGACCAACAAUUCAGCGGUUCCUCGAAAGAACAAAACGCUGAAAGAAAAAUUAGACGAUAUAGCAUUCAUUGAUUUGACGGAUGAGGAGGUAACGAAGAUCGUCAAACGUAAGAAACGAAAGGGUAUCGACUGGCUCGAAGAAGUGAAAGAUGCAAGGCGUUUAGCAGCACUGAAGAUAGAACGAGAUGCCGGAAGGAAGCUCAAAAAACGGGAGUUUGAACAAAUUUUUGAGGAGGAAUUAAAAAAUGCAUCUCGAAGAUCAUCCAGUGAAUCCCUGGACGUGGAGCUCGAAUCAAAGUCGUACCCUAACACGGAAAAGAAUUCGGAAUCCGAUAGCAACCUGACGAACGAACAAACCGUCAAUUUCGUCGAGCCAACGGAUUCAAAAACAAAGCCAAUAUCUAGUCCGCCUAUUUUCUUGACGUCAUCCAGACGCGUUGGCUACGAUAGCGACAGCAUUCCUGAAAAAUGUGACUCGCGCGAGAAGCCAAUUACUGAAGACGAUUGCUUGAUGAACAUCGAAGCUUCGGAUUCCGCUAUUGUCACUUCGUCAAAAGCUUUAAUGUCGGAGAAAGAGGAAGAGAAAGUCAGUGCCUUGCACGAUGCUGAUGUUUCAUUGAAAAACAACAACCAGUCAGCUGACAGUACAGUGCCGAACGCUGACGCGGCGAAGGAAAAAAGCUCGUCGAAAGGAGAAAAACCAACGCAAAAUUCUUCCGUGAUUCGCGAACACGCGAUUGCUGUUGCGCCAGUUGUCGUUGCUGAGAAAGCCGAGCCGAAGAAGAUGGUAGAGAACCAAACUGUCAAUUUCAAUUCAACAAAGACUGAUAAUUAUCCAAGUGAACAGAAAGUACAACAAGCAUUGACGAAGGAGAGGCGAAGUUUAUCGAGUAUCAAUGAAAGUCAUUCUCCGACGGGGAAGUCAAAAGAUAAAAAAGAUUAUAAAACUGUAACUAACGAGAAUGUCAAAGCGAAGCACAGUCCAAGUCAUGAGAACCGCAACACGAACACCAGCGCGAAGCGGUUUGAAGCCAGCAGUUCCGAAGUGCCCGUCACAUCCAACGGAUACUACGACAUUCCGGAAUCUGACAUCGACGGUUUGACUCUGUUAGCUAGUGUUUCGGCUCAGCAACGAAUCAGUACGAGUAAGAAGAGCGAGAUUAAAGUCAAACCUUAUACCAGCCUGCAACAGAAACCCAAAGAGGAAGAUAUGAAGUCAGUCGCUAGUCACAUCGUUGAAACGUAUCCGGAGGAUUCCAUGGGCAAGGUUGCUCUUCAGGUAGAGGUCUCUUCCAGCGACGCAGUUUCCAGUACCGUCAUCAAGCAGCAGCAGCCGGACACGUCGUCGGAAAUGCUUUCGUACAUUAUCGAAGAAACGAUUCAGAGCAAUUUGGAAAGCAACGACAACGCUAACGUCAUUCUCAGUGGGGAGACGGUGAUGUUACUGCAAAAGUCGCCGAAUAGCAAUCUCUACAUCAUCAACAAGGCCGCGGUCGAUAAUUUGAGCAACAGCAAGAUAAACUACAACAGCGACGAGGAAGAUUCAUCGAAAUUGGCAGAAUACGAGGAUUCCAAGUGCUGUCAGCAAGGCAUUUCAAUCAAGUACGACCCCGACGACGUUGGCCAGCGCGUCAGAGGUAUCAAACCAGAUCCAGAUUACGCAGACAUAAAAUCCGGCGCACUCAUCGGCCAUGACGAUCCGAAACUUCAGAAUCAAUCGGGCUACGAAUUGCACUAUGGCGGUUAUCCUGUGCCACCACCUGGUAGUUACUGUACAUAUCCAAGCAUCCACCAUCCGUCGACGGGUUGCGCGUGCGUCAGCUGCGCCUACUGUCGUCCACUGCCUUUUUACCUUCCAGCAAUUCACGCGACGCAAUCAGUACAAACCAACUCGUCCGUCCAGGAGAAGAGGAGCAAGCAAAAGACGGAUGCAGCCAUGAUGGCCAAACUCUACGACGAGCAGAUGCACUCCGGCAAAGACAAACAUCUCCUGGACGGCAAGCAGCAGCAUCAAGAGCAAGUCGGAGAAGCGAAACAAAUAAUCAGCAGGUACGAGCACGUGGAUUAUUACCUUCCAAAGGCCCAUGCAACGCAGACAGUACAAAUGAACUCAGCCGUCCAGGAAAAGAGAAAUAAUAAGCUGACAGAUGCAGUAGCCAAGCUCUACGAUGAUCAAUUAAUUACUAGUAGUUUAGAGAAAAAUUGGCUGGACGGAAAGCAUCCGGAGGAGAUGAUGGAAGAGAAGAAGGAAGCAGUGAGCAAAUUCGAGCAACUUGACAGCACGUUACCGCUCAAAAAGAGAUUGAAAGCCCAGAGGAUGUCAAUGGAUUUCGGUAACCGAGAAGGGGGAUUGCCGCUCAAGAACAAAGCAGUUUCCUCAAUUUAUCCCGGCGAGUUGAUGAUGUCCAUAGCCGACGUCGACGGGCAGGGUAAUAAUUCGCCACUUGACCUCGGAGCCGUUAUCGAAGUGACAUCAGCGAUGGAAAAGCCAGUGAAGAGUCGAGCGGGAAGAAAGGAAAAAACGAUGAACACCAAAAUCAACCAUCAAAACGUCCCGAAUUGUUUUCCGAGGAAGAGCAGCAACAAGAAAAAAAGAGUAGGCUCAACGGACGAAGAAGUCGAAAACAGCGGUGCGAGCGCCCCGAAGAAAUCGAGAAAAUCCAAGGACGACGGGGCCAAACAAACGAGGAGCUCGAGGAGAGUUGUUCCUACGGUGAACUACGUGUAUCCCGAGGUCGAUACCGAGUGCAAUCCGUCCGGCAAGCGUAAAAAGAAGAGAACCAAUCGAUGGUCGACGACAAAGGCAAGCUAAAGUCUCUCUCGAGGGUUGUGCGGUGUUGCACCGAAAAAUGUUUGUACAUAAUUGUGCCGUAGAAGACAUCAGUAUCCCCCAUGUUGUAAAUAGUAAGUGUUAAGGAAGAAAACCACUGCGAGCUCGAAGAUUACGAAGAUUUUACUGCGUGUUCGAAGAUAAGAAGAUUUUACUCUACACUAUGAAGAUGAAGCUGAUCGACUGAUGAAGAUGAAUUUUAAUGCUAUGAAAAUUUGAGUCUUAAAUUUUAAACUUACGAAAAAUGCCAUUGUAUAUUAAGUUAAGAGGCAUUCGUUGUUGAAAUAAUUGGCGUUGAACUCGAGUACCUAAACAAAAGUAAACUGAUACAUGCGAAUCGCGAUUCCUUUCAUUUUUUUCAAGAAAUAUGACUUACCGUGAUUCAAGUAUUGGCGGGCGCGACUAUAGACCGAUGGUGUAUCGUUUUUAUUUAUUUAUUUUUUUAUUUUAUUUUAUACGAAUAAGAUUUAUUUGUACAUAGAAUCGCUAGAAAUGUGCGCGCGUAUAUUAAAGUUUCUGUCGACUAUUGAAGCUUUUAAACAACAUUAUAGAUAUAGAUUAAGGUGAGAUAAAAAUCCAGAGCUUUAUUUGAUGACUUUUUUUAGAAAACAAAAAUAUCUUAUAAAAUCUGAGUCCCCAUAUGGUUAAAAUAACUUUUUUAUAAUUCUUAUUGACUAAUCUAAAACAACUCAGAUUUUUAUGAUAAAAAAAAAUCAUCCAGUUAACAUGAUGUUUUUAUUGUAAAAUAGUACAUUGCGAUACAAAUGUCACUAGAGACAUCGCGUAUCGUACAAUAUCUUAUAACAGUUCCUGCCUUAAAUCCGCCAAGACACGCUUAACCGUGGCUUAAGCAGUUCUUUCUGGCACCUUGAGGUUACCCAAACAGAGCGAGGGUGACAAGUACGGUGCCAGAAAGUACUACUUAUGCCACAGAUGAGCGUGUCUCAAACCCGGAUUCAAGCCACGCAGUGCUAUAAAUACAAUUGGGUUUAUGUAUUCAUUUUGGUUUUUUUCCUGUUUAUCGUCUAGGUACUGCGCUUGCGUCAAAGAAAACCUGGUUAAUAGAUUCUUCAGGAAAUAACUUGGAGAACAAAAGGGAAAUUACUUAUUACAGCUUGAGGGAAAUGAAAGUAUGGAAUUCCUUUCGUGCCUGCUCGAGUAAAGGACAAAACAAUUCGGUACGCGAAAAACUCCAACAAGCUCCAACAGUUUUGCGUUCGAAAAUCAGUCUUCAAUAUCAAAACAGUUAUAUACCUCUAUUUACGAACUGGUUAAGCUGAUAUCGCAAUACAAUGCAUCAACACAUCGCUGAUAAACAGAAAAAGAAUAAACAAGCCACAUGCUAGAAUAUUAAUCGAGUCAUCAUAAAUCCGUUUGCCAAAUAAAAGAGUAUACGUAGAAAGAUGAUUGAAGUCGAUAGUAAUGUUUAUCUGCAUCUCGCGUAUAAUAUUAGCCAGUUUGUUUCUGUGUGUAUAUUAGCAGACGAAGCGCAGUAAAAAGUGUGCACUGACUGAUAAUUGUUCGUUCGGCGCGGAAUCAAAAUGAAAAAAAUUAAUAACAUAAAAGUCAAGCAAAAUAAUAAAAUAACAUUACAAAGUUAAGGUAGAGCAAAACUAGUCAACGGUGAGGAUUUGCAGAGCGAGGCAAUCCAAGUGUUCAAUUAGUAAAUCGACCUGGCGGUCGUGCAGAUAUUCAACGUACAUGUAAUGCGAAGUAACAAAAAGUGUCGUGAAAAGUUAACUGAAAAAUGCUAAUACUCAGAUCAAAAAUUAAGCGCUAGUGAGUAAAUAUUUGAGAUUACCCGUAUUCGCUAGUAUGGAGUUAUUGUCCCUCUUUGACGCGAUAAUAGCAUUGACUUCCCUUGAUUAAGCGACAAUUGUUCACGUAGCAUCUAUGAAGUAUAAAACUAACUUUGCAUGUAAUUAUUAAAUUGUUUGCCUUAAAGCAAUUACGUAUUAUAUUGGAUAAAUGGUUUUUUCGGUAUUCUGAAGUUUAUUACACUUACUGCAUGUCUAAUGGUCUUAAUUGCUUUAAGAACGACUUUUCAUUGAAACAAUGCACGUGAACACGCGAAUAUCCAGAAUUUAUAAAAAGCAUUCCUAGUUGCUACUAUGAAUGCACGUAUAGCGAGAAUUAUGUUACCAUUUCAUACGCAAACUUAAAAGUUGUCAUAUGUGCCAAUCAAGAGCAGCAACAUCAGCAAGAUUUACAAGUAUAACGAACAAAACCCCAUAUACGUAAAGUCGACAAGUCGACAACUCAUGUGAUAUUUCGAUUAAUGAGAUGUCUUCUGUUCCCUUUAAAAUGAAAUAGGAAAAUAAUAAUAGUAAUAUAAUAGUAAUUAAAGUACAUAAAAGGCUGACAGAAAUGAAAAGUAAAAGGAACCAUUGUUUUUCCAUAGUGUGUAUAAACUAGGAUUUUUAGAAAACGACAAAAGGUAUACAUCGUAGUCGAGAUGCUACAUGUUCGAACGUCAUUAUCUCAAUUUAAAUCUGAUUUUGGAUAGUUGAUUUUUUCGAUGCAUGAUCUCUAGCCUGUAAAUUUGUAAUUCCAAUCAUUUCUUUGCCCUAUGCUUUCGUUAAAUUUAUUGACACUGAUACCUCAUGAUAACUAGUUUUCAGCUGUUCGAUAGUUCGAUCUGUCAAAUUGCCAAAUACGUAAUCUUCAGGAACGAGAAAACGAAGGCUCGCUGAUUCAAGUGAGUUCUUUUUGUAAUAAAAUGGUUAAAGUAAAGAGCAAAAAAGGAAAUAUAAAUAUUUAGAAACAAAGAAAUACUUGUAAUGCGGUUUUGUUUACCAUGUAAAAAAAACUCGUAGACAGAAGAGUAAUGUUUGUUCCUGUUCUGUCCGUCAGAAUACACAAAUACCCUUUUAGUUUUUAAAUUAUUGUGGGUUCUUAUAUAAUCUAUAUGGAUAAUUAGUCUUCUCAAAUGAAAGACUGAUAAAGUUUAAGUCACGUUUAUGAUUAUAUUUAUUAUAACUUGUAUUUCGUGUUCUUUUUUGGAAAUCGUAACUUAACUCAAUUAUACUUUCUGUAUUAAAACGUAUACAUUCUUUCCGUCUUUACCUUUAUGAGUCAUGUUGCGAAACUUAAUAAUUUAAGCUUGGAGAAUGAAUAUUUAUACUGAGUAGAAAGAAAAACCUGCUGUUUGACUGUUGCUUGGCUCGUGAAAAAGUUUCUUAUUUAAUGUUAUCUGAGUCUGUUAAAUAUAUUUGAGCCGAAAUGAUCGUCGCUAUCCUAUAGAGAGAGAGAGAGAGAGAAAAAUCGUUUAAACUCCGUAGACGUGGCGUUUUUCCUAAUCGUAAUGGACGUACAAAAAAACGGUUUCGACGAGAACAAGAAAUAAAACGAUGUUCAUUGCACUGUCGUCACCGAGUUCAUAAGAAUUGUACAAAAAGAAAGAAAAAGCGAUGCGUUUACGUUUGUAAAUCUAUAGGAAAAUACGAUAAGGUAGGUUUAAAUAAAAAAGAAAAAACGUCGGAUGCCUGUGAAAGCCUUUCUAAGCGGAAUAACAGUUUUGCAAGAUCGAAUGGACCUUCCUAAUAAAAGAAAAAGGAACUGAAGAAUACAAGAAAUUCAAGCAAGCGACUUAAGAGUAUAAAAGAAAAUUAUUUAAGAAGUAAAAGUGUAAUGUACUCUUGUAAGAUGCGUUUCGGAUCUAUUGAAAAAGCCAAUCUUGGUUUGUUUUUUCGCUUUGCUCGCACUUUGUGGCCUUCUGGAUGAAAAAUUUGUUGAAAUUCAAAUCUUGCGAUUGAUUGUCGUGAAGAUUAAAGCACACGAUAUUAUAGAAAAGUAAAAAUAAUUUGUAUUCGCAUAUUGUUGUUAAUGUGUAAGAGCGAAAUGAUUCGCCGCCGGUACAGAGGUGUCCGAUCGCACCGUUUCUUUUUCCCCUGUUUUUCCGAAAACGCUUAUAACACAAGUGCACGCACGAUGGUUUGCGAUGUCGAAAUGUCUGCCGUCGAUUAUUAUACACAAAUAGAGAAUCGAAAACUCUUCUCUCGGUUUUUGGAGGAUUACUGUAAAUAUAAAAAAAUAAUGGAGAGUCUACCCCGUGUAAGCACAUUUAUUAUUGUACAGUAACGACACCGACGAUCGUUAUUUUUAUAGGAAAAGAUAAAACGAAAGCGAAAAAGACUAGAACUGUAUGAAAUAUUUAAUGACAUUAUAUAUAUAUGUAUAUAUAUAUAAUUAUGUACAUUCUAUUUAUAAAGUGAUCGAGGAGCGAUUGUGAAGUAAACAAUAAAUUCCAAGCCUGUUCGAACAGAA